CCAGUGACCAAAUCCUUCCUCCCCCCCUCCCUAUCCUUUCCUUCCUUCUCUCUCUUCGAACCAAACCCCCCCCCGCCAAUAAAUCCCACCUCUUGCCACCCCAUUCCCAUUGCAUGCCCCUCUCUCCCACCGAUUCCUUCCCCACCCCGAUAACAUGGCAGUUGACGCUCACCAUCUUCACCCCUUCCCCUCACAACCCGUAAGAACCAGUGAAAUCAUUGGCAGCACGAGCAACCAGCCAAGUUUCUACGACAUGCAGAUGGGAUUCAUCUCGCCCGUCCCCGGUGCGAACGCCGCCUGCAACUCGCUGGCCCCGGUCUCUGCUGCCGCCUCUGAUAGCGGCCUCACCUUCAACGACGUCGUCGCUGCCGCCGCGGCGUCGAGGAAGCGGCCGUGCCCGAUUUCCUUUCUUGGUGAUGACGUAUCUUCCCUCCUGCAGCGGCAGUCGCUCGACUUCGAUCGCGUCAUCCUGCAGCAUGCGGAGACGGUGCGAGCGGGACUGGCGGAGCGCCGGAGGAUGUUCGCGAGGCAGGUCGUGGCGGCGGUGGAGGAGGACGUGUCGAAGCGGAUAAAAGCCAAGGAGGAAGAGAUCGCGAGGGUCGGGAAGUUGAAUUGGGCGCUGGAAGAGCGCAUCAAGAGCCUGUAUGCGGAGAACCAGAUCUGGCGGAACCUGGCGCAGAGCAACGAGGCCACGGCCAACGUGCUGAGGACCAACCUCGAGCAGGUCCUGGCGGCGCAGGUGAUGGUGAACGAAGCACCGGCGACCGCCGACGACGCCGAGUCGUGCUGCUGCGGGGACAACGCAGAGGACGAGGAGGACAUCGGACUGGGGAGGGAGUGGAGGAGAGGCUGCUGGAGCUGCCGCGAGCGCGAGCCGUCGGUGCUGCUUCUCCCAUGCCGGCAUCUCUGCCUCUGCAUGACCUGCGGCCCCACCGUGGACGCAUGCCCCAUCUGCAACUGCAUCAAGAACGGCAUCGUCCAUGUAAACAUGUCUUGAGAGUAGUCCAAGAACAACAGGGCACUCUGCCUUCGCCAUCCCUUCCUAGCUUCAUACUGUUUCUGUUCUUCUCCCACACAUUAGAUUUCUUGUAUCCGUGUAGAUAUCCUCCAUGAACAACAAGUUCAUGAACAUGCCUGCAAUGAAUCCAACUCGAUUCAAUCCAAA